CGUCAAAAGCGCUGCCCCUGCGCUCUGCCUCUGCUCUCCCACCUCUUGCAUGCCACACAAGUAACCGCCAGAGCCUAGCCGACCCAGCUCUCUUCUCGCCGUCUCUUCUCGUGGCCGCGGGCCCGAAGCAUGGUCGGUGUCGGUUGCGACAACCAAGAAGCGGAGCUCGAUAGAUAAGCAGGGUGCGCCAAGAGGACCAGGAGGUGAUCGAAGAGAUGGUAGCGCGGGGGGACGAGGCGGAGGAGGAGGCGCGGUGGGAGGGGGAGGCGGAGAUCGACUACGUGUUCAAGGUGGUGGUGGUGGGGGACUCGGCGGUGGGGAAGACGCAGCUGCUGGCGCGCUUCACGCGGGACGAGUUCGCGCUCGACUCCAAGUCCACCAUCGGGGUGGAGUUCCAGGCGCGCACCCUCACGCUCCACCGCAAGCGCGUCAAGGCGCAGAUCUGGGAUACCGCCGGCCAGGAGAGGUACAGGGCGGUGACGAGCGCCUACUACCGCGGCGCGCUGGGCGCCAUGGUGGUGUACGACGUGACCCGGCGCGCCACGUUCGAGCACGUCCCGCGGUGGGUGGAGGAGCUCCGCGCGCACGCCGACGGCUCCACCGUCGUGGCGCUCAUCGGGAACAAGGCCGACAUGCCCGCGGCGCGGCGCGAGGUGGCGGCCGACGAGGCCGCGCGCCUCGCCGAGGAGCAGGGGCUCUUCUUCUCCGAGGCGUCCGCGCUCUCGGGGGACAACGUGGAGCGCGCCUUCCUCACGCUCCUCGAGGAGGUCUUCGCCGUCGUCUCGCGCAGGGCGCUGGAGCUCGACGAGGCACGCCGGAUGCGCGGCGACCAGGGCGAUGGCGGCGCCGGCGGCGAGGUGCUGUCGCUCAAGGGGACCACGGUGGACCUGGGCUCCAUCAUGGAGACCAGCGCCAUGAAGAGGCCGAGCUCGCAGUGCGCCUGCUCGUGAUGGCGUUUUCACUUCAGAUGUAGGAGUUAUUUCAAAAGUACUGUGUUUUUUUUAAGAGCUUCACAUUUCCAAAUCACAGAUCAUUACACUAUUGGUCUUUUAGGCAUGUUAUUACCUUGUAAAGCCUGUAAGUAUGAGACGUUCUAUCGUAUCUGAUCAAUUGAUUUGUUUUCGAAGUUCCCAAGCAAACAGGCAGAUUUAUGCCAUCAAACACUUUUUUUC